GGCUUACAUACAGCCUGUACUAAUUUAGGAUCAUGAUCAUCAGCCUCCGACCGUAGCUGCAACCCUUCUCAAGUCGGUAUCUUCCUUGCUUAUUAGUUUGGAUUACCAAAUGGAUGUUUAGAUCACAACAAAUACUUGGAAAAUACCCUUGGGAUUAGGCUUACAAUAUACGGGCGUUUUUUACAGGCGGUGCCAGUACAUUGAUGUGGAAUAUCUUUUGGGCUGAAACCUCAGGUGAAUUCGAAAUCGACAGGUGAGAACCACUAAAGCAAAGUUCACGUUUCAUCAUCUGAGGUGAAUCCAUUGCCAAAUAUAUAUAAAUAUAGAUGUGCAUGGAAUAACCAACGGCAUAUUCUACGAAUUAGUGUAUGAAGGCCCGCUGUUGAGAGAAAUAAUUCCAAGUAGUUUCGUUACCGAUUUUUGGAUCUACAAGGAUUUACCAUAAUGUCGAUUUGGUCUCAAUCGGCUGGCAAGAGUGAGUAUGUUGCGAUCACUGCACCUGUGCCCUCUCGGUCUCGGGCCGCCACCAGAGCAUCGACGGUGGAACCUGAAUCUACGAGGUCCUCGUCCAGUCAGAGAUCAGCGAACAAUACUAGGGAUUAUAUCAUCUAUAGGCUACCUAAGAAAAGCACCCAGGAUUCUUAUGUUCCAAUAUCGUACGCCAAACCCUCUUCUGAAGCUAUUGUAGCUUAUUCGAAAACACCAUACGGGCCUGAAUAUGCAAAACGGUCGUCGAGGCCAUCGUCAUAUGGACCUGUGGCUUAUUCUUCUUCUACAGAUAAACUGUCUUCUCAAAGGUAUUCUUCAGUUGGACACACCCCUUCUUAUAGAAGACGAUCGAAUUAUUACGAUAGCAUUGCAGCAGAAUACGGCCCAACCCCAAUUCCUCACAGGUCAAGUUCGUCGGGCACAUCUACUAAGAGACCACUUGCUGCACCAUUGUCUUCGACUUCGUUUUCUAGGUCAUCAGAGUCUUUAGCAUCUUAUAGGACCAAAUCUCCGGAGCCAGUUAAGUCUCCACACGUCCCGUCUUCUGCUGACAUUAUAUCCGACUUCAAUAGGGGGAAAAUAACUUCUGGACCAGGGUUAUAUACCUUUGAUGGAAUCUUUCAACCUGACUUGUCAAAUCUUGACAACGAACUAGACACGGAAUUAUAUGACUAUAAAGCAGCAAGAAAGUCGAAAAAAUAUAAGCCAACGCCCCAACCAUUUGAAGCAUAUGACUAUGAAUAUAUACCCUCAAAAUCUGCAUAUUAUGACCGUACAUCACCCAGACCAGUUGUAUAUGAAUACGUACCAAGAAAAAAUCGCUAUAGCAACAGACCAUCAGUGUCACCCCCUCGUAGGCAUACAUCAUCAACAAAGAAACGAUCAUCUAGCGUGUCCUCAGUUUCAAGGUCAAAGAUGCCAUCACAAAAAAGAUAUGAAAUUGUCAAAGUGCCGAAAUCGACGAAAGACAAGGAAAAUGCGAAGAAGGGCAAAUUUCACGAUUCGGAGGUCUACUUCGAUAAUUUUGACAAAAGCCAACCUCGUAAAUUUUCUGAAUAUGCAGGCUUUGGUAUCAUCAUAACAUCCGACGACAAGAUUAUUAAAAUGCCUGUGAAGAGGUACCGUUCGACAUCUGAAUCUAGGG